UGCAUCCUUAAUUUUAGGAUCGAAGGGGCGAGGUGUAAAUAAUUUUUAAACUUAGAGAGAGAAAAAGCACCGUUUUGAGAAAGAGAAUUUAGCGAUAAAAAGAAGGAAUUUGAGGAAGGAAAUUUUAGAGAGAGAUUCACCUCUCGAAGGGAGAGAGACGGCAGCCAUGAAUGUUGCAAGUCGAGAGAGAGAGAAAAGCCAUGAAUACUGCAAGUUUGUACCUUUAGAGAGAGAAGCAUGAGUACUGCAAGUUUGUACCUUUAGUGAGAGAGAGAAAAGCCAUGAAUACUGCAAGUUUGUACCUCACAAUCUCUGAAGGACCUUCAGUCAGAGAGCAGAGGGAGGGACACACAAAAAAUGCCAGAGAGAGAGAGCCAUAUUCAUGAGUAGCGUCUCCUGUAAACAGGCAGGGACUAAGGAGGCUUGAAGGACAAUCCCAAGCCAAAUCCAUAGACUUUCUCAUAGUGUUUUGGGGUUGGGUUUCCACUCCUUACCCAAUUCACAAAGGAAUAAAUUAUGCCUGAAAUCAAUCUCCAUAUAUCAGGAGGAGGAGCAACCAGAAGGAACUCUGGUACUAACUCCACAAUUAACAGGAGAAAUGGGGUUCCUAUUCACCCAGACAUUGAACCACCUCCUAAGCCAUGGCCUUUUGCCCCUUUUUUGGCCUUUUUAGUCAUCAUCUCCCUUGCCUUGCUGCAAUUCUUACCCGCAUCUCAUUUCCGAGAUCCCAAUGAUCCCCUUCGCAACUGGAUUCCUAUUGAUUCGAGCCUUCAGGUGUUUCUUUCUUUUGAUCGAUCACGAGCAAGACCAGGUUUCAUCUUCGUGGUGUUCCUUUCUUUUGGUCAAUCAUGAGCAAGACCAGGUUUCAGCUUCGUCUCUAUGUUAUUGUUCACAAUCUUAAAAAAAAAAAACUUUCUUAAAUCUACAGCAAGCUUGUUUCUCUUAUUCCUUUAUCGUCACAAUUGUUUAAAGGAUUAACAUGUAUAUCUUUGUUUAAGAGAUUGCUUGGAAUUACGUAGUGAUAUCAUAAAAUGAUGGAAGGAUAGAUAUUUUAGAUUUAAUGUUUUAUGAUAGAAUUUGUGUCACAAAUAUAUAAUCGCCUCUCUGUGUAUACAAUUGCCUCUGUAAAUACGUGCUAUUCUAUUUUCUCAUAUAUUGCCACUAUAUAUAAAAUUAUCUGUGCAGCUGAAAUUUUUUUCUUCUUCACUAAAUAUCAAUGGCUACAAAUUGUGCUAUUCUAUUGCCUUAUAUAUUGCCGCUAUAUAUAAAUUUAUCUGUGCGGCUGAAUUUUUUUUUUCUUCUUCACUAAAUAUUAGUGGCUACAAAUUGCUAUUCUAUUGCCUUAUAUAUUGUCGCUAUAUAUAAAUUUGCCUGUGCGUCUGAAAAAAAAAUUUCACUAAAUGCAUGGGGAUUGUUCUCAGUAAUUUUUGUGAAAUUUUAUAUCAUUUCUUUGACUUGGUGAAGAAGUAAUUCCAGUAAU